AUGAACUCCCACCGCUACGAUCCAUCUCUGCCUCUCACUACCCUAAAUUACUAUCCAUCCCCUCCAUCACUCAUCGUCACCGACAACCCAAUCGUUGUUGCCCCCACCUCUGUCACCAUCCUUUGGGCUCAACUUGAAGAGGCAAGAAUGGGUGGAAGCUUCACUUGUGUUCCUUACCAUUUGAAUAAAUGUAUAUCUUCACUGUUCAGAAAAAAGUAG